GUUCAAAUUGUUGUCGUAAAUGCUGACCUAACUAAAACAAGUUGUUUGUUAACUAAAUUUAACAUGUUCCUGCCACGUGACAGACCACUUAGCCUUUACUCGUCCGAAAUCCACUAUUUUUAAAAGUGUACAAUAUAGGGUUAAUAUUGGCUAAACCUCGGGAUUUCACGAAAUUUAUAUCAGACGUGAUGUACAUAAAACUCUGAUCUGUUUCAGCUGUUCGCAGAGUAAGCAUCACGGCAUUGAUCAUCCACAAGACAGUGCUACCUUAAAAAAUAUGUCCGGCAAAAACAAAGAUACUCAAAUUAACAUAACUUCUAAUCCUAUCUCGUCAGAUUUAUCUUCAACAGAGAGAGGGAGCUGUCGGUCAAGGACACAUCGUCAUCGUUUGUUGCACAAAAAUGGUAAAGUAAAUUUGCGACCCUACAGAGUUCCUCUGAAGAAAGAACGCUUCUUGGCGGAUUUCUUCACUUCUAUAAUUGAUGCCAAGUGGCGAUGGGUGAUAGCUAUUUACUCAGCCGGUUUCAUCUUCAGCUGGACAUUUUUCGGCACAGCUUGGUUUGCGAUUUUCUGGCUCCGGUUGCAUUACGAUAUUGGAACCGUUUGUGUGGACAAAGUAGAUUCUUGGACAUCGGCUUUCUUGUUCUCAGUGGAAACUCAGACUACCAUUGGAUACGGUGGACGACAGAUAACCCCGCAAUGCCCCGAGGCCGUGGUUUGUCUUCUGCUCCAAUCUCUCACCGGCUUCCUUUUGUCUACGUCACUGCUUGGCCUCGUUUUCGCCAAACUUUCGCGACCCCGUCCCAGGGGCCAAACGGUCAUUUUCUCGAAGCAAGCAGUCGUGGCGCCAUAUGAUGGACUCCUAUCUUUGAUGUUUCGGGUAGGCGACGCACGCAAGAGCCAAUUACUAGACGUGGCAAUCUCUCUUCACUGUUUUUGCUUUCGAACCACAAAGACUGGGGAGGAAAUUUUAUUCUCCCAAACAGAACUUCCCAUCACCACCGAGCAUGGGAGCGAGGUCGGCGAGCUCAUCAAACCGUUUCUGUUACUACCUUUGACAGUAGUACAUGUCAUCGACGAGCGCAGCCCGCUGUACGAACUUGGGCCUCAAGAGCUCGCAAAUUCCCGUAUGGAAUUCAUCGCAGUCUUAGAGGGCGUCGUGGAAUCAACGAGUAUGGUUACCCAGGCCAAGACUUCUUUCUUAGCAGAUGAAAUUCUUUGGGGUCAGCGGUUCCACCCAAUCUUACUGCAUCCUGAUAACAGGACAGACCUGUCGUCUUUCGAUACAAGGUACAAAGUGAAAACACCUCAAAUAUCACCCAAGGAAUACGAGAGAUCAAACCAGAGGAAGAUGAAACGUCAAGAAUAUGAAAAGACGGCAACAGAAAAGACAAAGGUGGAAACUGAGAACGGCGAUUGUCACGUGAGUGGGGAGCCAAAUAAUGAAUCAUCGACCGUGAGUUCCAUCCCCUAUUGUAAGAACAACUGUAACUGCGAUGUCGCAUAAGACACAAGAUGUACAGAGACCUGUAAUGCAGGACAUUUGCGGAGAAAGUUAGUUCAAUCUAUAGAGGACCGACACAGCUGAAUAACGUAUACGCAUGCGCCAGGUUUUGCCGCGGAAACACGGAUUUUGAGUCGUUCGCAUGGUUGAUUUCCU